CUGACUCGCAGGGGACUUUAAAAAGCCUUGGACAGAGACAUCGCUGAGUAAUACAUUUAUCUAUUUCAUCUUUGGAGUUUUGCUUAAAGUAUACAUUUGCUUACAUUCAUAGUGUUCAAUUUCAUUAUUUGGCUUAUCUUGGGUUUGGACGGUUCAGACCAGAGGAUGUUUGUGACUGUGCUCCUGCUUCUGGUCGCUCUGUCCGCCCGGGGAGGGCACAGUGAGGAGACAGAGGAGGCUCAGAGACCUGGUCAUGUUUCUGUGAUCAUAGUAGGAGCCACAGGUGACCUGGCAAAGAAAUACCUGUGGCAGGGAUUCUUCCAGCUGUAUGUCAACCAGGUCAGUAGCGGAAACACCUUUUUCUUCCAUGGCGGAGGACUGUCACCUGCUGACAAGGGCACACCGGUCCUCUUUGAGGCUCUGAAGGCGGUGUCCUGCUCAAAGGAUGUGUCUCAGGAGCGCUGUGCUGUGCUGAAGGACCAGUUCCUGCGGCUCUCACAGUAUCGGCAGCUGAAGACCUUAGAGGACUACCAGGAACUGGCCAAGCACAUUGAGCAACAGCUUCAGGAGGAGGGAAUGACAGAGGCAGGAAGGCUCUUCUAUCUUUCAGUGCCAGCUUUUGCAUAUGCAGAUAUUGCUGAGAAGAUUAACAGCAGUUGCAGGCCGACCAGUGGAGCCUGGCUGAGGGUGGUGCUGGAGAAACCUUUCGGGCAUGACUUCAGGAGUGCCCAGCUAUUAGCAUCUCAUCUUGGGAACUCGCUGAAGGAUGAAGAAAUGUACAGAAUUGACCACUACUUAGGAAAACAGGUGGUUUCGAAGAUACUUCCAUUCAGAAUAGAGAACAGGGAGUUUCUUGAUCCUAUCUGGAACAAGCACUACAUUGAGAGAAUAGAGAUUGUCGUGAAAGAGACCCUGGAUGUUACAGGUCGUAUUCCCUUCUAUGACCAGUAUGGGGUGAUCAGAGAUGUUCUACAGAACCACCUGACCGAGGUCAUGACGCUUCUGACAAUGAAGCUUCCUAAGAACGUGAGCAGCAGUGAAGAAGUUCUUCAGAACAAGCUAGAGAUCUUCAGUUCCCUGCUGCCUUUAGCAAAGAAUCAGGCUGUGAUUGGCCAGUACCAAGCCUACAAAUCAGAGGUUCAGCAGGAACUGAACAAAACAAAAGAUCACGUCAGUCUCACUCCAACAUUUGCAGCUGUAUUGGCACACAUUGAUGAGACGCAGUAUGAAGGUGUACCAAUUCUUUUGACCUCAGGGAAGAUGUUGGAUGAACGGGUGGGCUAUGCACGCAUACUUUUUAAGAAUGACAUGUUUUGUCUUCAGAGACACAACGGCAUUCACUGCAAACCCAAACAGAUAGUUUUCUACUUCGGGCAUGGCGACCUUCAGUAUCCAGCAAUUCUUGUAAGUAAGAAUUUAUUCAAGCCGGCUCUGAUCGACAGCGACUGGAAGGAAGUGACUGAACACACAGAUGUCAGUGUUUUAGGUUUGUCAAUAUCAGACUACUAUGUUCAAACUCCAACAGAGCAGAGGGAAGCUUAUGCAGAACUUAUCUCUCACAUCUUUGCUGGAUGUAAGAAUAGCUUCAUUAGUACUGAAAACCUGUUGGCUUCCUGGAGCUUAUGGACACCGCUGCUCAGUAGCUUAGCCAGCUCUUUUCCCCGCAUCUACCCCGGCGGUGUUGACAACGGAGGACUUCUGGACGUCCGUCUGAAAGGGAGAGAUAUUAGCUACAACAGUGAGGUGGUGAUAAUCACCCCUGAUCAGAUGGGCGGGACAUCAGCAAACGAUUUCCAAGUGAUGCAAGGCAAGUUCCGCAGUGCGGACAUGGUAUCUGCCUGGGCGGAAGAGCUAGUUGAGAGGCUGGCUGUAGACAUACAGGAAGCAGCGGAGGCGGCGGUGCGUGAGAGCGGGGUUUUCCAUCUCGCCCUCUCUGGCGGCUCCACUCCUCUGGCUCUGUUCCACAGGUUGGUCCUGCACCACUUCUCCUUCCCCUGGAGGGACACCCAUGUGUGGAUGGUGGAUGAGCGCUGCGUGCCGCUGACUGAGCUGGAGUCUAACUUUCACAGCAUGCACGACCACCUCCUGCAGCACGUCAGGAUACCCUACUACAACAUCCACCCCAUGCCUGUGCAGCUCAACCAGCGUCUGUGUGUGGAGGAGGACAGAGGUGCACUGCAGUAUGAGAAAGAGCUCAGCAAAUGGGUUAACGGCUCCAGCCUCCACUUUGUACUGCUGGGUGUCGGUUAUGAUGGCCACACAGCCUCUCUGUUCCCUGGUAGUAAAGUAAGUGAACAUGGGGAAAGUCUUGUGGCCCUCACCGAGAGCCCCAUCAAGCCUCACCAGCGUAUGAGCCUCACAUUCAACGCCAUUAACCGAGCCCACAGGGUUGCGCUUUUGGUGAUGGGCAAAGGCAAGCAUGAGCUGAUCACCCAACUGAGCCGAGUGAAGGACAACUUAGAUAAAUAUCCUGUCACUGGGGUGAAGCCUGAUCACGGUACACUUGUCUGGUACAUAGACUAUGAUGCACUCUUAGGUUAGAGAUUAUAUUCAUGGUUUUAAAUCAGACAAAUGUCUGUGGAGCUGCUGUAAUCAGUGCUGGUUGGUGAGAAAGAAUGUAUGAACCAGCAACCGCGAUUUACUUGUUUCAGCUUGUUAACCCUCAUGUUGUCCUGCGGGUCAAAAUUGACCCGGUUUAAGGUUUGAAAAUGUGGAAAAAAUAUAUAUAUUUUCACAGUGAAACAUCUGAUGUCCACAUUUUCAACGUUUUUGGGAAAGCUUUGAACUUUUUUGGUGGCAAAAAGAAAUGUUAAAAAUGUUUCUUAAGAACAUUCACAUAAAAAUCAACCAAAA